AUGGGCAAGGAAAUUAAGAAACAUGCUCUUGGUAAUGAGAAAAAACAAGUAUUUGCAGCUGAGCAGUAUUUUUCAACUCACAAAAGGAGGAGAUUAAUAAGGGUCAGUGAAGAAUUGCUGAAGAGAAUGAAGCCACGCCUUUUGGCAAUUUUUCUGGUGGCUCUUUCAUUUACACCAUUUGUUCAGUCCUUGGUGCGUCAUUAUAAGUUUAGUGUAGUCUUGAAGAAUACAACAAAGCUUUGCUCAACAAAAUCUUUGGUCACAGUCAAUGGACAAUUCCCAGGACCAACUCUCCGUGCAAGGGAGGAUGAUACUGUAAUUUUAAGGGUCACUAACCACGUUAAACACAAUGUUACAAUCCACUGGCAUGGAAUAAAACAGCUUCGAACUGGUUGGUCUGAUGGGCCAGCAUAUGUCACACAAUGCCCGAUCCAGCCAGGGCAAAGCUAUGUCUAUAACUUUACCAUCACAGGUCAAAGAGGCAUACUUCUGUGGCAUGCACAUAUCACUUGGCUAAGGGCCACGGUGCAUGGUGGCCUUGUCAUUUUGCCUAAACGAGGCAUUUCUUAUCCAUUUCCAAAACCUGACAAAGAAAAGAUAAUCAUUCUAAGUGAAUGGUGGAAAGCAGAUGUUGAAGUUGUGCUAAAUCAGGCCUCAACUUCUGGUCUGCCACCGAACAUAUCAGAUGCUCAUACCAUCAAUGGUCAUCCAGGACCAGUUCCCGGUUGCACUUCUCAAGGUUACACUCUGCAUGUUGAAAGUGGCAAGACCUAUCUGCUACGCAUUGUAAAUGCAGCUUUGAACGAUGAGCUAUUCUUCAAAAUAGCUGGGCAUAAACUAACAGUCGUUGAAGCAGAUGCAUCUUACAUUAAGCCUUUUGAGACUGACACGAUAUUUCUGAGCCCAGGCCAAACCACUAAUGUUCUUUUAACUGCUAACCAAGGUGUUGGCAAGUACUUAAUAGCAGCUACUCCUUUCAUGGAUGCCCCUAUUGGCUUUGACAACUUGACAGCAAUUGCUACACUUCGCUACAAAGGCACACCACCUUAUCCUAAAACAAUACUAACCACCAUUCCUCAACUGAAUGCAACUCCAUUAACGAAUAGUUUCAUUGAUUCUCUUCGAAGCCUAAAUUCAAAAGACUACCCUGCAAGAGUUCCAUUAACCAUAGACCACUCUCUUUUCUUUGCCAUAACUGUUGGGGUUGACCCAUGUGCUUCAUGUCUCAAUGGGACCAAGCUUGUCUCCGCUAUUAAUAACAUCACCUUUGUGUUGCCAACCAUAUCACUUCUUCAAGCACAUUACUAUAACAUAAAGGGUGUUUUCACAGAUGAUUUCCCAGCAAACCCACCCAUAGUUUUUAAUUACACUGGUACUCAACCGGCUAAUAUCCAGACCAAUAAUGGCACAAAACUUUACAGAUUGAAUUUCAAUUCAACUGUUCAAAUUGUUCUGCAGGGCACUGCAAUGAUAGCACCAGAAAAUCAUCCCUUUCAUUUGCAUGGGUACAAUUUCUUUGUUGUUGGACAAGGGUUAGGGAACUUUGAUCCAGAGAAGGAUCCAUUAAGCUUUAAUCUUGUUGACCCAAUUGAAAGAAACACAGUGGGGAUACCAAAUGGUGGAUGGACAGCAAUCAGAUUCAGGGCAGACAACCCAGGUGUUUGGUUCCUGCAUUGCCACUUAGAAGUACACACCACAUGGGGACUUAAGAUGGCAUUCGUGGUUGACAACGGGAGAGGCCCCAAUGAAUCAUCUCUUCCACCUCCCAGCGACCUUCCAAAGUGUUAA